AGAACAUCCCCCUUCGUCUUAUCCCCUUCAUCGUUUCCCUGUCUUUAAAAAAAUAUAAGUCCAACAAUCGCACGCCAUCAUCCAUUUUCUCUCCUCUUCUUUUUUUCCAAACUGCGGUUGUUUUUUCGCGGCCAGUUGCAUGCAUUUUUCGUCUCCCAAAAUGGUUUGCGAGACAAAAAUUGUUGCGGACGAACAUGAUGCUAUACCUGGGACCAAAAAAGAGUCUAUCAUGUGGAGCUCCCCCUCGGCCAGCGCGGCUCUCAACCCCGCCGAGGACAAGGAUGUGAGGAAAGAUGCGGUUUUUAUCCGCGAGUUCGAGCGCGGGGAUCAAGUGGAGGUGCGCCGCAUCUUUUACGAAGGUAUUAUGGAGAGGAUACCAAACACGGCGUUCAGGGGGCUCAGGCAGCAGCCCAAGACCCAGUUUUUAUAUGCUCUCCUGACAUUAAUGUGCUUUGUCGUGACCAAAUCCGUCACGCUGACCUGCUGUGCACCCUUCAUUCUCAUGGGUGCGCGCUACUACUACAGCAGGAAAGUUAUCCACAGUUAUCUGGACUGUGCUCUGCACACGGACAUGGCUGACAUAGAGGCUUAUUACAUGAAACCCACAGGCUCCUGUUUCUGGGUGGCGGUGCUGGAAGGCCGAGUGGUGGGCAUUGUGGCGGCGCAGGGUCGUGAGGAUGACAACACGGUGGAGUUGCGGCGCAUGUCGGUGGACUCACGCUACCGUGGCAAAGGCAUCGCAAAGGCACUGGGCCGCCGUGUCCUGGAGUUCGCUGUGCGCAACAACUACGCUGCUGUGGUCCUCGGCACGACAGCUGUCAAGAUGGCCGCCCACAAGCUGUACGAGUCACUGGGCUUCCGUCGGACGGGCGAGAGCGAGGACUACCGGCUCCCCGGGAUGAGCCGCUCACCGCUGGAGAGGCUCUUCUUCCAGAUCCGCUAUAGCCACUACCGUCUGCAGCUCCGCGAGGAGUGAGAGAUGACAGGGAGAGGGAGAGAGAGAUGGAGAGGGGGAGAUGGAGAGAGAGAGGGACAGAGAGAGAGAGACACGACCCUCCUUGACCUGCCGUGCGAGCCCCAACCACGUCUUCUCUUCCGACAGCUUUUAUUUAUUUUGUGUCAUUAGAGUUAACUUCUUCUACUAAACACUUCUACUAUUUCACCUUUAAAGUCACUAACUUUUUUUAAAAUUAAUAUUAUGCUUUUGUUGCUGUUUUUUUGUAUUAUACUUUUUUCAUUUGAAUAAGACUUGUUUUUCCCUCUAUUUUAUUAGUCUACUUUUUAUUUUAUCUUUUCCCAUGGGAUUCUCCCACACCCCCCCCAACUGGGCAUAUACACAUAUUUCGCCGUCCCAUUCCAAUCUAACUGGCAUCCCCAAUGAGGUACCCUCCCCUUUCCCUUUGAUUCUGAGGUCAUGUGACUCUGAUCAAUAUUCCCCCUUCAUUUCGAUGCAACAAUGCCCCUCUUUACCCCUCCCCCAUUAUCUCAAGACUCCCCUUCCCUUCCAACUCCUCCCUAUGUCCCUACAGCAGCGUUCAGCAAACGGGUGUAGACCUAGCUGAGUAGGAUGAGAAAUUAGCAUUCUGUCUCAUCGGGGGGUGGACAGAGGAAUGGAUGGAUGGGGAGGGGCAGACAUCAGCUCCCUGGAGAGAAAGAAGCGUAAAAAGUGGGGGGUUGUGACAUAUGCACAAACCCAUGCUCUUUUACGGUAUUUCUGCAAUGUAACAUUUUGUGUGUGCAUUGUAAACAGAGCGUGAUCACACACAGACUAAGUCAUUUGGCCUUUAGCCAGUCUUACAAGACACCAUAUUGAAGCACAGCAAGAGUCUCGUACUAAUCCCCUUAGUGGAGGAGAAGGAUGACUGGAUGGAUACUGGGAUAUGCACUCUGUACAUCCUGUGUUCUAGACAGGAAACAACACAAUGCAUCUCCUCACUGUUCCUCCUCUUCCUUCUGCUCCGACUAUCUGAUUUGGUGGUUUAUCCCUCCCUCCAUUUCCUUUAUCCUCUCCUCUAGAGCCACCAUCAUUUUUUUAACUGCCUCCUUUUUCUCACUGGAGCUGUGGAGAGGGUCUCUGAUUGGUUGGGAUGACAGGAGGGUGGAGCUUUCUCGAUGCAAUGUCGCACAGACAGAUCCCAAGAUACAAUAUAGAUGCAUGUCAGAGCUUGUGUGUGUGUAUGUGUGCGUGAUUGUUAGAGUAUGUGACGUGAAGUUGUACAAGGAGUCAAGGAGUGUGUGUAUGUGUGUGUGUGUGUGUGUGAGUACAUGUGUUUGAUGGCACUAUGGCCAAAUGCUAGACCAUGCCUCAACAGUGAGUGAUGAACAAUUAACCUAUUUCUAAUUUAAAUCAUAUGUUUGAUGCAUGAACACACAUGCAUCUUUCUUGCUAUGAGUCAAGUAUUAUCUAACUAAACAAUACUGGUUUCUAUGUGUACUUAUAAAUUGUUUACUGAUUGAAGCGAGAUAAAUUCUAACAUUUUUCAAUAUGUUUAGUAUUUGACUGAUAAUUAGUAAUUUUAUAACUGUAAAGUCAUAUUACUACAUUGUAGUAUGCAAAUUUUAUUGUCAAAACUAUGACAAUUACAAAGUAGCUGCAGUCUACUCACCAUAUACUUAAUCCAGGUUAUUGGGGAACAACUUGGGUAAGACAUGACUACUAGCAAUAUUUGCAAACCUACAGUACAUAACUGAGCACAAAUAGCAAAUAAAUGAAUAUACCAUUAUACUGACAUUAGUGUUACCCCUCUAUGUAUUUAUAUUGUGUAUAGAGGUUGAAAACUCAUGUAGCGAACAUACCCUCAAAAAGACGUAUCUCCCAUAACACCUCUCAAUCUCCAUCCUCCUACCAUACAACCAGCAGUAGAUUCAGCCACCCACCACUCUGAGCCUAAGUUGUGUCAUCACACUACUUGUACAAAGUAAAAUUUCAAAAAAAAGGAAGAAAUACAACAAAAAAAUCACAUAAUAUGAAAAAAGAGAAAAAAGAGAAUACUAACGUAAACAUCAUGAAGCUACCACUGAUCCUUCUUGCCUUGUCAUCCUCUCCCCCAUCAUGCCAUCUCUUUCUCCCAUUCAUGAAUCUGUCUGCAACCCUGGGCUAGACCCUACACCUUCCAUUUGAACCUGCCCACCCUCCAUUGACCUUUGACCCCCUCCAAUGCCAGGCCCCGCCCAUUUCCUGCCCAUCUCUGCAUGCGCCACAGAGCCUUGCUGCGCUGCUUUUAUUAUUACAUUUGAAGCUUGUUGGACCAACCCUAGACCCGCCCCCACUGAGAUGUCAUCUAAGCAGUGUGACGCUCCCUCUGCAUAUAUUUGUGGGAUUAGUACCAGUUUGCAAGAAUGAUGAAUGAUUUUGUGUGUGUGUGUUAGAAAAAGAGAGCAUAGAAAGUAAAAGAUAUUGUGUGUGUGUGUGUGUGUGUGUGUGUGUGUGUGUGUGUGCGCGUGCGUGCGCAUAUGCAGAAUUGGUGCAGAGAUAGGAUACACUCACCAACCUGCGGCACUGCCUGGAUGACAUCAUGCCUGCCAGCCAACCAACUGUAGAAUGCAAAAGCAAUGCAAGUGUGGCAUGCCUCUGUACCCGGUGUGUGUACGGUGCCUGCCCUGGAAAAGUAUAGAAAAAAAAUCUAACUGAUAUAAAUAUAUAUAUAUACAUAUAUAUAUAUGAAAAGAAAAUAAGCUUCUUUUUUAGAUGAACAUAUAAAAAAAAUGUGUGUUUCUUUGUUUGAAAAAAAAAAUCUGUUUUGCAUGAAAUGUGUCUUUGAAUGCAAAUAUAACUUUUGGAGGAGACACUCCUAGCACAUGGCAUACAGUGGAAUCGCAGCCUUGUCGUUCUGGUUGUGGUUUAUUGUUUUAUUUUUUAUUAUUAUUCUUUAAUGAUCUUAAUUCUCUGUAAUCAUGAACAGGGUGCAAAGUUAACACCAGCCACUAGCCAAUGGUCCUAAAUCUGUGGCCUGGGCGGGUAAGUUUGUCCAAUCUACUGGCCACUUUGGCAGGAAGCCAACCCUUGUUUUUAAGUCCUAUUCUAAAAUUGUAGCUGGAAAAUCUGAAAUAUGGCUGUUGAAGUUCUGAUAUAUCAGACUUUUGCCUGCAGACAAAACGUUAUUUUCCAUCCCUGAUCACAAUGGAAGUGUGGGUGUCACUUCCACAGAAAAGCCUGUAGGUCUGACUGCCAGUAGUAAACCAGCUUGUAGUGAGGUUCCCAAACGCUUUGCAGUACUGAGAUCAUCAAUGGGUGUUGGAAUGAUGCAAAAGAAAACAGGUAUUCUCCCACAUCACACAAAUAAAACCCUGUGCUUCACCAUCACCACCAAACAAAUUAUGUUUGUCAGGUUUAUUAUUUGCAGAUAAAGGAAACACAGACAGCAGGGUUUGCAGUCCCAGGUUUGCUUCAAGUACCAGCCAUUUCCCUUCAGAAGUGUCCUCAAACAGGACAAUGAACCCCUACCGUCUCACUCUGCACCAUGCAAAUAGAUACCUGUUUUCUUUUGGAUAUGAAUUCUGUUUAUCCUUGCACCACUAUUUUUUUGUAUUGUGGGACAUACAUAAUCCCCCUCUUACCACAGUGGACAAAAGAUGGCCUUAGCUACAGUAAGCUGUUGAGAUGCCUAUCUAUGCCAGGUCCCAUGGCACUGUCUAAGGCUUGUCAUACUCGCCUCCAUUUGUUUAAGCCAUGUAAAAAGACAGACACCUAACAAGUAACAUAUUCAUUUUUUUUUUUUUUACUUUAACUAAAUUGAGCCAAACUGACAGUCUCCCAUGAAAUCCUACAAGUAAUACAAAGGCAGAAAUGCACUGGAAACAUCUCACACUUGCAUUAUCAAAAGUAAACCUAUGUUUUCAUCAGGCCAACAUGCAGAAGAUGCAUAGAGUGGUAUGUCAAAUGUUCUUUAUUCAUCUGCUCUAAACUUGGUUGAUGUUAGAGAGUUAACAGAGGACCAAAUUGAGUGUUUUCGCGAGGUUUUUGGAGCCCUAGCAGCCAUUGACUUAUUGUAGGCUGAAAUACGUUACCAAAAUAAACACAGAGACUGCAAACUAAGCAGAAAAUUUGGUAGUAGGACAUUAAUCAGAGUUAUAUUCAAUAAACAGUAUGACCAAAAUAUAGCCUAGUUCUUUUGCUAGUGAGAGCAAAUAUAAUAAGCAGACUAUUAUUACAUUAUGGGGCAUUUUUUUAUCACUAAAUAAAAUCUGAUAUCACCGUUGUCAGUUGUAAGGGCCUGUGCUGCUGAGGCCUCAUAUUUCCUCCCUGUACUGCAAGACAGAAUUGUCAAAUGUCAGAAAAGUUGAAUGAAUUUAUGUCAAACUGUUGAAUGACAGUUCAGCAGUAAAAAGGCAAAUUACUUUUUGUCAGUGAUCACUUCCAGUGCAUUUGGGCCUUUAUUAUCCUGCCCAUUCUCUAUUAAGACUUGGGUGAAGUUACUCCUGGGUCUUUUAAUGCCAGAAGGUUAAAAGUACGAGGUGGGCUUUAAGAGCAUAGAUACGUUUAUGAGCAAGAUUGUACACAAGACUGUGGUGUGGAUCUUGUGGAGGAAUGUGAAGUCUAUGAAUUCUGAGCCAUUUCUGCUGCUGCCAUCAACAUUUUUGUUUGUUUAAGUUUAAGAUGCCCCUUAUGUGUGUGGGGGAAUGAUGAUGCAUACUGAUACAUAUUGUGAAAAAAUAUUGUACUAUCAUUCAGAACGCCUUUGCCAAGGCCUUACACAAUGUAAUCAAAUGCUGAAGUUCAAAAAUCUUGAGGACUGCAUGGCUUUAGGCAGUGAAUGGGUGAUUUUGAGUAGUAAAAACAAAAGUGCACUGACUAUAAUGCAUUUACUUCUAUUGGAUAACGUUUCUGACUAUUGUCUUUGUUUCUCAUUUCAUGUGAAUGCUAUGCCCUACACAAAGUCUCACCUGCCAUUUGAUACUGGUAAAGCAUACUCAAUAUUAGAAUGUAGAAAUAAACCUGUAUGCAACUUCUACCAGAGUGUAAAUUUCGUAACAUACCAUUCCUCUGAAAUUUUCUGCUGAAGUACAAUCCAAAAACAAUCUGAAGCUUAUACUUUUUGGUUUUCUGUGAUGUUUUUUUUAUUUUUAUUUUGGGACAGUGUGAGUGUGCUUUGCUAUUGGUUGAGGUUUGAGAAAGGUAUGCUGCAUUACGGCUUCUCCUAUUGGAGAUGGCUCUUCUAGUUUGAAUGCUUUAGAAUCCAAAAAUGAUCAUCCAAUGCUCUUUCUCUCUGAAAGCAGAAACGGAGGCACAAGCUGAGGCAAAUGAAGCCAAAGCUUCAACUUCAGCAGUCUUAAAAGUCUUAAAUCAUGGCCGCAUUAAGUACUGGCCAUCAAAACAACCAAACAGUAAAAAUAUCAAUAUCCCUCCUGAUCCGUAUCAGAUUAUCCACUGGUGAAUAAGCAUCGAUUUCCAAACUGCACAAAUGUACAGAUCCUGUGGGUGUUACAUGAUUAAUGUUACUCAGAGGGUAUGUGUCCUCGAAAGCCUUGGGACGUACACUCAUAGGAAUGAAUGUAAACUGCCAACAUUUAAGGUCUUAGAACGAUUUUGCAUUUCGGAUCUUUCCUUUGUUUGCUAUUUUAUUGUAGGAAUGAGAAGGAUAAAGAAAAAAUGGCAAAACGCAGCUAUUGUUUCUUCCAUUAAGUGACAAAACCACUACAUUAGAUGUUAGACAUUUUGUGUGAUUGUAAAUAGCUCUCUCUCUACCUAUCGCUAAUGUAUUAUUUACUGCUACCUAUCAUCUCUGCUGGUUUUAACCAAUCUUGAUGGAGUUUGUUUUUGUCUGAGAAGAUGGCUGUCGCCUGGAAUGUUCCACCUAAUGAGGAGGGUGAGGGGUGAGGGAGGAACGUGCCACUUUGGUAGUUAAAAGUGGGGAGCGGUGGGGGGGCUGCGGCAACAGUACUCCACAGCAUGGACUCCCUCUCUCUCUUCCUCUGGUGAGGAUAUCACUCCACUGUGGCAAAUACAGAAGGACUUACUCUGGACUGAGGCCACAGGUGCCAAGAACACAUAAGCACUUGUAGCACAACUGUGUCUUGUUUUGCUAUUACAGUACAGAUUUUUUUUUUUAAUUUCCUAUAUAAACAUUGAAAAGUUUUUUCCUCCUAUACUACCAACUGUAUGUAUCAUAAGCAUAUACAGAAGACAUGAUACUACUAUGACCCAUGGCUAUUUUUGGAAGAUGAAAUUUGCCAAAGGUGACCGUUAUUGCUGCAUUUUUAUUCCUUAUGUGGCUAUAUUUUGUUCAACACAAUCCUGUACUUGGUAUCAUUUGGAAAAAUCCUGCCCACGUGCCAUCUAAUCAAGCAAUAAAUACAAACAAAAAACACAAGAUUACGAGAUACAAUCUUAAGGAUUUUAUUAAAAACGCAAAAUGCUGCAUUGAUGUUAUAUCCCUUUUACUGUACCAAUUACUAACGGCAAUGAUGCCAUCAUAGUAUUGGCAUGGCAACCACUCAUUAUGUAGAAGCCUGAAGAGAUGUUUGAUUGUACAACUAUUCUCUUUUUUGUAUUUUAUUUUACAAAGAGGUGUCAAAGAUGUGUUUUUUAAAAGUUGAAGUUGAAGUAUAUAGGUGUACCUCUGCAUAUUUGUACAGAUGUCAAUGAGAAAUGGGAAAUGAGGUGCAUGUUCAAGCAGACGGGAAGUAGAUGGCAUUGCGGCGCUCUGAAAGUGGUCUCUUCCGGGUAACUUUUAACAGUUUCUUCUUGCACUGCAACUUCGCUCCCACCACUCCGUCACUAUAAUUAAAACUAAUCAAGAGAAAACAGCAUGCUGCAGCUGCCAGAUUCACGACUGUGAAACAGCUUGAUUUUUUCUUAUAAGUGAGAUUCAAAGUCUUUUUUUUUGAAUCCGCAAUUUAGUAAAUGUAAAGAUGUAAAGUGUAUUUUACUGUAAAUAGCAUCUGGGGGUUAUUUUUUGAUCCUUUUGUAACAAAAACUGUGGAUUUAAAAUAUAUAAAAUAUUUUAAAGAAGUUUACAGCACUAAUAAAGAGAUAAAACUGUAGCGCAGAUGUCCCUGUCCGUAUCUCAACCCCAUAAAGACUAAUGGCAACCACUUUCAGAGAAUAUGGUGCAUGCCAUCUUACACGGACCAAUGGUGUGUCUGCAUCAAGCAGAGAUGGUCCUGCCUGUCUGCUUGAACUCUCAAGUCGCUAGAGAGAGCCUAACAUUGCAUCAGCAGCAGCAGCAGCAUUAGCUUACAGUGCAGCAGCCACGGCUGUAGAAAUCAAUGGCUUUGGACUGAGCUAUCUAGCUAGCAAACUGCUGUGGUGUGAAGGACUCUCUCUGGCUGGGAGCCCUGUCAUGGCUGUUGUCUGUUGCCAGGAAACCGACCCACACAAAGCACAGCAGGGGAAUGAUAUGCAGCCGCACUGUGGGGAGGCAGGCAGGUCAACCAGUCGGUCCUGAUGGAGGAUGAAAUGGAGGGAUGGAUAGAUGGAUGACAGAGAGGGAGCCUGGAGAGGGGGCUUCUGAAAGGAGGAUGAGGGCAGGGAAUUUAAUUGUAACCAAGGGAAUUGUGUUGAGGGUUAGGGGACCUCUGGGAGAGGAAAGGGUGCUUUUGGCUACAGUGGGGAAUGGGAGAAAAGGGGCCCUUAGCUAUGUAAAGUAGGCCGCUGGGUAAAGCGCGCCUGGGGCCCACUGGGUUACAGAGGUUACAGAGAUUUGAAGGAAUGAAAGCGAGGAAUAGCAAGGCGUGUAUCCGAAAGAGGUGGGGUCAGAGGUCGUAGUGUACAGUACUAAGGCUGGUGGUGUUAAGCUGAAUGAACAAAAAGCAGGAGCAGGGAAGGGAAGUGGGACCUGUACACAGUAAAGAUGCUGCUGGUUGAAGCGGUCUGCCCAACCUCACAGUGAGACUGCAGUGACGACCUGGUUUCUAUUGGGGUCUAUUCACUUUGAGUUCCCUUUACGCCACUCCUUUGAAAGAAUGCUGUAUUACUGCACCAGGAGUACUAUUAUUAUUAUUAUUAUUAUUAUUAUUAUUAUUAUUACAAUUAUUAACCCUUUCUUUUCUACUGACAACAAUGGGAAAACUGUAUAGAUGUAAAGAUGAGAUUUCCUGCAUUAUGAUAAUGAUGACAUUGGUUGAAAAAAAAUGGAUGUACAUAUUGUAUCCAUUAAAAAUGACGAUGCAUUAAGCUUU